CUCCACCGCAGAUUUCCUGUGACGUCGGCAAACGGGUAGAAGUUCAGGUUGGAUCGGUAAGGGGGCCCCCAACGCUCUCUGUACCAGUGAUUUGAGUUUAAUGCUACCUCACAAAACCAACCAGGAAGCAGAACAUGGCUUCAGACAGGAAGCAUCAUGGAUCCAGGUCCAAGGGCUCCAAACAAAUCAACAUCGGUGAAGAAAUAAAGAUUGCAGUGCACCUGUGGUUGGAGAGGUUUCGCUUCAGUGAGGAGAAAGAGAUGGAAUUUCCUUCUUCUUUUACCAGCACUGAGAGAGCUUAUGUUCACCGAAUAGCUCAGUCCCUGGGUUAUAUUUCAAAAAGCAAAGGGAAGGAACCAAAUCGUUACCUCACCAUCAGGAAGAGGGAUGUCCCUGACAAACCCCAGCCCAACAUCCAGCUCACUGUCUUCCAGAAUUCCUUAUAUCCCAUCCACAGUCUGCUUCAGAGGUUUCCGGUCAGCAGGAAGGAGCGCUCGGAUGUGCCGCCCACUGGGAAAAGCGGCGUGCCCAUGGCCUCAGAACCUGACAGGAACCGGCCAAGCGGGCGUUUAAACAGCAGCAUCCCCAUGGUUCCUAAGAGGAGGGGUCCGUCAGAGCUGGACCGGUUUCGAUGCGCUCUGCCCGUGGCUGAGCACCAGGAGGAGAUCAUUCAUCUCAUCAGAGAAAACAGAGUGGUCCUUAUCGUGGGAGAAACCGGCUCUGGAAAAACUACACAGAUCCCACAGUUUUUGUUAGACGACUUCAGCAGGACCGGACAGCCCUGCAGGAUCUACUGCACUCAGCCUAGACGCCUGGCUGCCAUUGCUGUGGCUGAGAGAGUGGCGGCUGAGAGAGGGGAGUGUGUGGGCCAGACGGUCGGUUAUCACAUCAGACUUGAGAGCAGGGUCUCUCUGAAUACGCUGCUGACCUUUUGCACAAGUGGAGUUCUCCUCAGGACGCUGAUGGCAGGAGAUGGCAGCCUUCGAACAGUCACACAUGUCAUUGUGGAUGAGGUGCAUGAGCGUGAUGGUCUGACUGACUUCCUGCUGACUAAGAUGAAAGAUGUUCUUCAGAAGAUUCCUACACUGAAACUGAUCCUGUCCAGUGCAUCUUUGGAUGUAGACCUGUUCCGUCAGUACUUCAGCUCCUGUCCUGUUAUCUACCUCAAAGGGAGACAGUUUGAAGUGAAGGAGUUCUUUCUGGAGGACAUCCUGAGACUGACCGGCUUCAGCAACAAGGACAUGUGGAAAUAUGAUGAAGAGACACAGAGAAAGGAGAGAAAACAGAAACGACUGACAGAGUGGUGCGAGGCGGUGGAAACCAGUUCUGCUGGGGAGAAAGAGACGAGCCAUUUGUUGGCGCCAGGGAUCCUCCGUGGAUGUAGAGAUGAGGAUGAGCAGAGCUUCAACAAGCCGAACAAAGGUGGAGCGGACCAGAUGGAGCCGUGGCUGCUGAGGGAGAUGGACUCCUGCAUUUCAAACAUUUUCCUGCAUGAAGAGCUGGAGGCUUUCAGUCAGCUGUUCAACCUCAUUCUCAGUGAAAGUGUCAACGUGGAUUACAUGCAUAGUCAAACAGGCGCCACGGCUCUGAUGGUGUCGGCAGCGCGAGGAUUCGUCCCACAGAUGCAGCAGCUGCUCGCCAUGGGGGCUGACAUCAACAUCACAGCAUCUAAUGGAUGGACUGCCCUGGACUUUGCUAAACACUUCUGGCAGACAGAGGCCAUGGAUCUGCUCAGGUCCUCUUUACCUUUGCGGGAUGUGAGCAGUGUGGAGGAAUCAGCUUUGAUGCAGUGUGGCUCUGCAAAGCUGAGCGCUGAAGACCAAGAGCUGCUCAAAUCUGACCACCAUAGCUUUGAUGAUCAGUGGGUGGACCUGGACCUCAUCAUGGCUCUGCUCCACAACAUCUGCUCCUCGACCAGUGAUGGCGCCGUCUUGAUUUUUCUUCCUGGAUACGAUGAAAUAGUGUCGCUCAGGGACCGCAUCCUGUCGGACGAUGAGCGAUUCUCCGCACACUCUGAGAGUUACCAGGUGUACCUACAUUCAGACAUGCAGACUCUGAUCAGAAAAAGAGCCAUGAAGACCUCUCCACGGAACGUCAGGAAGAUAAUUCUGUCGACUAAUAUUGCUGAAACGAGCAUCACCAUCAACGACGUGGUCUUCGUCAUCGACUCAGGAAAAGUCAAAGAGAAGUCCUUUGAUCCGUUCACUCGUGCAUCCAUGUUGAAGUCAGUUUGGAUCUCCAAAGCCAGCGUUCUGCAGAGGAAAGGAAGAGCUGGACGCUGCCAGCCUGGGGUUUGUUUCCACCUCUUCAGUCGCCUUCGGUUCAACAACAUGCUGGAAUUCCAGGUUCCACAGCUGCUGCGAAUGCCUCUGCAGGAGCUGUGUCUCCAGACCAAACUUCUGGCUCCAUCCUCCUGCCCGUCGCUGAACUUCCUGUCCAAAGCUCCACAGCCUCCUCCCGCACAUGCAAUCCGGAGCGCCGUCAAAAUGCUGAAGACUAUAGAUGCCUUGGACCAGUAUGAAGCCCUGACUGAUCUGGGCUUCCAUCUGGCUGAUCUACCUGUGGAGCCCCACCUGGGAAAGAUGGUGCUGUGUGCUGUAGUGCUCAAAUGUCUGGACCCUAUUCUCACCAUCGCCUGUACUCUGGCCUAUCGGGACCCUUUCAUCCUUCCUGCCGAGAGCUCCAAGAAGAAAGCUGCUCUGCAGUGCCGCAAGCAUUUCACUUCCAACACCUUCAGUGACCACAUGGCUCUGCUCCGAGCUUUCCAGUCGUGGCAGAAGGCUCGCAGUAACGGCUGGGAAAGAUCCUUCUGUGAGAAGAACUUUCUGUCCCAGGCCACCAUGGACAUGAUCCUUGGAAUGAGGACACAGCUGCUGGGACAACUCCGAGCUAUUGGUUUUGUGCGCGCCCGUGGGGGCAGCGACAUCCGUGAUGUGAAUCUGAACUCUGAAAACUGGGCGGUGGUGAAGGCGGCUUUGGUGGCCGGCAUGUACCCAAACCUCGUCCACAUCAACAAGGAAAGCUCCAUGCUCCCCGGUUACAGUGAGAAGAAACUUCACUUCCAUCCUACAUCCAUCCUGAGCUCGUCCGAGCUGAAGGAGGACAGUCGCUCCAGAUCAGCCCAGACUCUUCCCACACAAUGGUUGAUUUAUGAUGAGAUGUCUCGAGGCCACAGAAUGGCGAGUGUCCGCUGUUGCUCCCUGGUGACCGCCAUCACCGUCGCCAUUUUUGGAGGUUGUUCCAAACUACAAUGCUCUACCCUCGAGGAAGCUGCUGCACACAGAACUUAUGACGGUGCUCUGGAUGAUGCGAGUGACAGCGACACAGAGGAGCUGGCUGAGAUCAGGAUAGCUGACUGGCUUGUCUUCCAGCUGGACAGAGAGACUGCAGAACUGGUUUCUGAACUGAGGCAAAGGUGGCAGAAUUUGUUCAUAAAGAGGAUCCGUUAUCCAUCUAAACCCUGGUCCCAGCGGGACGAGGCUGUCAUCCACACCCUGGUCUCUGUUCUGGGAGCUGAGGAACAGGAGGCAGGUCUACAGCAGCCCACAGGGAUCGGUCAGCCGCCCAGGCCCAUGCCAUCAGAGGAGAGGCCAAGGAGCUCUGUGUGGACCUCCAAGAGCCACCCUCAGAGACCCACCAAAACCUCCAAUGACAAGUGUUGUGGAGCCUCAGACCUGCUCAGCCCCCACACCAAAGAAGAAGCCUCAGCAGUCGUCAGUCAGAUCUCAGAUGAUCUUCGAUCCUCCAGCAUUUUUUCCGGCCUCAUGACUCUGGACAUCCCAUCUGACCUUCCCUGUCCAUCCUCUUCAGAGAAGCCGGGGUCCUGUCAGCUGACCACGUCAUCUGUUCGAUACUUCAUCAUGAAGAGCAGCAGCAUCAGGAACUUAGAGAUUUCUCAGGAGAAAGGUCUCUGGUCUACAACUCCAAACAACGAGAGCAAACUCACCAAGGCCUUCCUGGGACACAACCUUGUCAUCCUCAUCUUCUCUGUCCAGGGCUCGGGACACUUCCAGGGUUAUGCACGAAUGACAUCAGUCAUCAAUAAUGAGAGCUGUCAGGACUGGGGCUUCGUGGGGCUGGGAGGAGUUUUCAACGUGGAGUGGAUCCACAAAGAGAGUCUUCCCUUCCGGUGCACCCAGCACAUCCUCAACCCCUGGAAUGACAAGAAGAUGGUCCAGAUCAGCAGGGAUGGACAGGAGGUGGAGCCUCAGGCAGCCGGAGAGCUGCUGGCUCUGUGGGACAGACUCUGUGGGAACACUGGCCAUUAAAACUGGACCAUCUCCACUAACAGGCCUGAGGUUCUUUACUGAACUCAGGUAGCCUGUUUCCAUUUGUUUAGACAAAAGUGGUUCAGAUGUUUCUCUCUUCUCUUUGAUGAGUUCUUCUUCACAUUAGAAAUGAAAUCCAGCAUUGGUACCUUCCAUCUGCACACAUGUUCAGAGUUUCCUGUUUUAUAACAUUGGUCCAAACUUCAGAUUCAGUUUGUUUGCUGCUGUUUGAUGUUCUCGUGUUUGUUUGGAUUAAAUAAUAAAGAUGA